AUGUCAGAUCCCAGGUCGCCACAUCUCAAGAAGCGAGAUACCCCUCCAUGGGGCUUAUACCAACGCGAGAACUUCUGGAAAUUAAAUGAAGGCCAAGUUCCACCAUUCAACACCCACCCCGAUAAGCUUGAGGAGCUCGCUAAGGCGAAACUCACUGAGAAUGGCUGGCUCUACGCUUCAUCCAACGCAGGCCUGUCGGAUACUCACCUUGCAAACCGUCAAGCUUUCUUCCGACAUAAGAUCGUGCCUCGCCAGCUGGUAGACACCAAUGAACGAUCUACUAGAACGACCUUGUUCGGCCAUGAGCUUUCUGCGCCGUUUGGAAUUGCGCCUAUUGGGAUCAACAAGAUCUAUCAUCCGCAAGGCGAGCUUCCUGUUGCCAAGGUCGCUGGUGAGCUCGGCAUACCUUACAGUCUCUCAACUGCGGGCUCCUGUCCGAUUGAAGAUGUCGCUGAGGCAAACGAUACUGGUCGGAAGAUUGCACAGAAUAGCGAAGAGGGCCAUCGCAUUCCUGAGGGUCCCCGCUUCUUCCAGCUCUACUUGCCCCAUGACGACGAACUGACGUUGUCACUACUCAAGCGAGCUCAUGAUUCCGGGUUCUCUGCUUGUAUCUUAACAACAGACACUUGGCAGCUUGGAUGGCGUCAUGACGAUGUUGCGACGUCCAACUACGCAUUCUACCGUGGCAUCGGCGCUGACUUAGGUCUUUCGGAUCCCGUCUUCCAGAAGCGUUUAGCCGAACAUAGUAUCGAUCCAAAGAAGCAGCCCGCCAACGCCGGUGCACUAUGGAUCGACAACGUUUGGCAUGGUCGCGCAUGGUCUUGGGAAAAGGCUGUCUGGGCACGAGAGAAGUGGCAGGAGAUCAGCGGUGGAAAGCCGUUCUUAAUCAAGGGCAUUCAGCGCGUCGAUGACGCUGAAAAGGCAGCUGAUCUUGGUUUUGAAGGUAUCGUCGUUAGCAAUCACGCUGGGCGGCAGGUUGAUGGAGCUAUCGGGAGUCUUGAUGCUUUGGAACAGAUUGCUGAUAAGGUUGGCGAUCGUAUCGUUGUGACAUUCGAUAGCGGAGUUAGAGGAGCAGCUGACAUCGUCAAGGCUCUCGCUCUGGGUGCCAAGUUUGUUUUUGUUGGGAGACUUUGGAUUUGGGGACUUAGUAUAAUGGGAGAACACGGAGUCAGGCACGUGUUGAGGGGACUGUUGGCAGAUCUGGAUAUCCUGAUGAAUGUCGCAGGGUUGAAACAGGUUGAAGAUAUUGAUAAGAGUCUUAUACAAUCCUAUCCUGUAAGUUACAAGAGCAAGCUAUAA